AUGUCUCAACUGCCUCCGCAUGACAGCUGUCGCGUUCGGCGACGCCCCCGCCUCCCAUCGACGGGGCCACAGAGCAUCAGCAGCAGUGCGAGACUGUCAUCACGGCCGCGCACGGAGGCAUUCGAAAAUGCGCCGCCACUGGUGUCGCCAAUCGUGUCGCCGCCUGCCACACCGGUGGUAGCCGCGGUGCGGGAGCGCUGCUCCAACACGCCGCCGCCGGUAGGGUGGCAGUACCCAUCUUGCAGUCGCUGCCUCGUCUGCGGACAGCUCGGGUGUGACUUGUGCAGCGUCAAAGUCGACCCCGCCGCCACGAAGCAGAAGCUGGAAAGCCUGCGUCUCAACACGCCGUACGAGCGCGCAAAGCUCGCCCGCAGCACUGAGGAGCUGCGCAGCGAAGAGAGCCGUCAGCGAGCGCGGCUGGCGGGGCGGUACGAGUCGUGGCUGGAGGACCUCCGUACGGUCGAGUUGAUUCGACGGCACGCUGUGCGUGUUGUAAUGCACGAGGCCGCGUACCGACAGCAGCUUUGCACGGAGGAGCAGGCGCAGCGUGCGGUGUAUGUGGUUGCCGCCGAUCAACAUGUACUCCUACUUGCUCUGCAAUCGAGCGAGGUGGCUGCUCGUCAUGCGACGCUGGCGCGAGAGCGCGAGGGGUUUGCCAGGUUAUCCCAUCACUACGCCUACGCAGUGCAGGUGGUGCGGUUGCACCAACGCGAAGCCACGACACGUGAGGCGUUACGGUACAACGAGUCCUCGCAAUGGCAUCGGCUCCAGGCGCAGGAGGUCGAGUGCCGAAACCUCAUGGGUGAGCACGCAGCCGAGCAGCACCGGUUCUGCGAGAGCUGCUGGGAGAGCCGAGAGGAGCUCUGCCGCCAGCGCGUCGCUGGGCUGGAGAGCUUGGCGGCGCUAGCCGUUGCCCACCGUGAGAUGCUCCACCAACACGCUCAGCAGCGGUGCGUGCUGCUCGCGUCAGCCGAGCAGGGCAAGCGUGAUGUUCUAGCCGAGGAGGCCGCUACUCGCAUGCGACUGCGCGAAGAGAUGGUGGAGGAGGCGGACUACAUUGAAGAGCGCCAACGCAUCUUCGCGCGCCAACGAGCCACCCUCUGCAAAGCCGAGGCGUUGCAGCGGCAGGGGAUCCGCGAAGCGGCGGAACACGGCUACCACACCCUAUUUCUCGACAUGAGGGCGGACGAAGACAUCAUCCAUGCCGCCGAGGUGGAGCGGGCCGAUCGUCGUCGCUCUCACCUCCUCCUCGCAGUUGAGACUUUUUGCAACAUCCAGCGCGAAGAGGACGCCGCCUUCACUGCCCUGAUGAUCAGGGAACGUGACGAGGCCGCCGGCCGCCGAGUGUGGAUGGCGCAGAAGGCUGAGGCGAGGGCGGCACUAUGGCACCGCUGCGUGCACGAGAAGGAGUCUGUUGUCGGCGCUGAGGAAUUUCUCGCCCGCGAGGCGCUGCGCAAGGCUGCUGCGAGUGCUGAGGUUGCCGUGGCGGAGGAGAUUGUCGCGAAGGCGCGUGCGCGGGCCGAGUUGUGCGCCUGCUCCGAGAGUGCUGUUGGGGCGCUCGCGAGGGAGGAGCAUUGUGCCCGCGCUCGCUUGCUGUCACAAAUGGCCGCGCAUGCGGAGUUAGUGAUGCGCUGGUGUGAAACGAAGCGUCUCGAAAGACUGGCCUUUGCCAAUAGCGAGGCACCUCUUCGCAGCGCCAUCUGCCGGGAGGAGCAGGAUGACUGGCAGGGGUUCUGCAUCUCAUUUGCUCGCACAUGCAAGGCUGUUGAGGAGCGGGCUGCGCAGGAACACCAGGCUCGCGCCAAGGCAACGCGCAGCGCUCUUGACGCCAUGGAGCAGGUUGCCUGGGAGGAGGCGCAGGAGUGGAAAUACUUAUGCACUGAGGAGACGGAGCAGCGCUGCCGCGCAAUCGACGCCUUCCACUACCGCUGCCAAGUGGAACUCCUGUACGAGGAGACGCAACAACGUGCCUUCCUCGCUCGCGAUGAACUCUCAGACAGGGCAGCGGUGCGGGCAAAGACGGCACUCUUUGCGCGCUACGCAGCAGAAGCAGCCAUCGCCGCCCUCCAAACGCAGCGGUGCGAGGUGAUGGCAUUGGAGGACAGCGCGCGUGCCUCCCUCUACGAGCACGUCGCUGAGUGGUACGACUGGGUAGCGCGCGAGCAGCGUGAAGAGGAGCUGCGGCUCAUCGACGCAUUGGAGCGGCGCAUUCAGGAGGAGUUGCGGUCUCGUCAGGAGUACAUGCGAGAGGACGAGCGCUUGUACGACCCCGCUGAGUCUCUCGUGUUUGUGCGUGGCAACGCCGAGGAUGGCAGCCAGAGAACAGGGGGUGCGGCGGCGGCAGGCCUGAAGGCGGGGCACACUCACGACCUGCGCGGCGAGCUCGUGCUGCAAACCUUGGGGAACCCGGUCUGCGCUACCCCUCUCUCGGCCGCUGCCGUGGACUUCCUUGUCGCCGUCAUCGACCGCGCCGGGCAGCGCCGCGACGCCGCUCAAGAGCGCUUUGCCGCAGCGGAGCGCAAUGCUAGGGAGGCCUCCAGGAAGGUGCUGCAGCAUGAGCGCCUGUAUUCGGCAGAGAAGGAGAAGGAGGGGAUGUACGAGCUGUCCUCCCGCCGCGAGACAGAGGAGCGUGAGCGGCGCAUGCACCAGGAGACACUGGACAAAUCGCGCAGCCAACAGACGAUUGCCGCGGAGAAGCGCCGUCUUGCUGAGGUACAGGCGGAGCUGCUGCAGGAGCAGAAGAAGCUGGACGCGCUCAAGGGGGGCAUCAACAAGCAGUACAACAGAUGA